UGAUAGAUGGGUAUAAAUGGACAAUCUGCUGUCUGUGUGGAUCAUUUUGUGUCGGACCUUUAGACCUGUAUUGCAGAGGAGUUUGUGUUUCCUUUUGUCAAGAUUGUUGCUUUCUGAAGGGUGUUCUGUGAGGAGUUUCUGAGUUUUUGGCAGCCUCUGCGGUGUGUUUUAUAUCAGACAGCUAUGAGUGGUAAAUACAGUGUGGUGUUACAGGGUCCGGCCCCAUGGGGCUUCAGACUGCAGGGGGGGAAAGACUUCAACAUGCCUCUAUCCAUUUCACGGCUGACGGACGGAGGAAAGGCUGCUAAAGCAGGAGUGGUUGUGGGAGAUCUGGUCCUGUCCAUCGACGGCAUCAGCACUGACGGCAUGAACCACCUCGAGGCUCAGAAUAAGAUCAAAUCCAGCACAGACCAACUCAACCUCUCCUUACAGAAAGCUUCCAGUCUUCCAAAAGCAGAUGUGACAGCAAAGGAUGAUUCUGUGGAAAUCAUCAAACCCGUUCCCAUGACAACCUCCAUUCCAUCCUCCUCAGACAUCACAAACUCCACCCACAUCACUUCAUCCUCCAAUAGGAGCGCUCGUCCAUUUGGCGGGGCGGGGUCACCACACAUAGCCUUCAUUCCCUCCGCCACGUCUGCUUUUGCACCCGCCUCCUCAGCUCAAAACCCUUAUCCACAGGCUCCGCCCACUCCUACUGAUGGCUCACCCAAUCAUCUGCCGGUGGUGCCCCGCCCUUCAGUGUAUAACACGCCCAUUAAUCUCUACUCCAAUGAGAAUGCCUGUGAGGUUGCCAUGGGCCAGAGGCGGGGCCUGUUGGAAAGCCAGGGUGAAAGCUCUCAGCUGAAUGGACUUCCUCGUAAGCCUAUCACAGAGACGGACAUUGAGUUUUACCACGUCCCGACUCACGGUGAUGCCAGCAGGAAACGCAUCAUGGAGGACACAGAGGACUGGCGCCCACGGACAGGAACUUCACAGUCUCGCUCGUUCCGUAUCCUGGCCCAAAUCACUGGGACUGAAUCUGAAUUCGAUCGCUCACAGGAGGGUGAAUCAGCAAAGACAACAAAUGAGGAUCUGGAUGAUUCUCAGCCCAGCGCUCAUGUCACCUGUCCUGUUAAGACCAUGAUCAAAGCCCCAGGAACACCUGUCAGAAACACAGCAGGUCUCAUCACUCCCACUUUUGGUGUCAUGAGCAACAGUGCUCCUUUAGGCCCCGCCCUUGACCGGCCCAUGCCCCGCCCACACCCCAAAGACGAAGCCUCAUUGGUCCAGAUGGCAGAGCACGUCCCUGCUGGAAAGCGCACUCCUAUGUGCGCUCACUGCGACAUGGUUAUCAGGGGGCCGUUCCUGAUGGCGAUGGGAAAAUCGUGGCACCCGGAGGAGUUUACGUGCGCUCACUGCAGCGUGUCUCUGAGCGAGCUGGGUUUUGUGGAGGAACAGGGCUCCGUCUACUGCCAACACUGCUACGAGGAGUUCUUUGCUCCAACCUGUGCGCGCUGCCAGUACAAAAUCCUGGGGGAAGUGAUCAAUGCACUCAAGCAGACCUGGCAUGUGUAUUGUUUCCUGUGUGCAUCCUGUCAGCAACCGAUAAGAAACGAUACUUUUCACCUUGAGGAUGGAGAGCCGUACUGCGAGAGAGAUUACUACAGUCUGUUCGGGACGGGCUGCCGUGGUUGUGAUUUCCCAAUAGAAGCAGGAGACAAGUUUCUGGAGGCCCUGGGCGGCACCUGGCACGACACCUGCUUUGUGUGCUCAGUGUGCAGCGUCAGUCUGGAGGGUCAGACCUUCUUCUCCAAAAAGGACAAACCGCUUUGCAAGAAACACGCUCACACUCUUAAAAUAUGAAUGCAACUGUGUACAUGCAAAAAUGCCAAUGCAACUGUUGAGGUAUCAGCAAAAAAACUAAAAUACGUAUGUGACCCUGGACCACAAAUCCAGUCAUAAGGGUCAAUUUUUUGAAAUUGAGAUUAAUACAUCAUCUGAAAGCUGAAUAAUAAGCGUUCCAUUGAUGUAUGGUUUGUUAGGAUAGGACAAUAUUUGGCUGAGAUACAACUAUAUGAAUAUGGAAUCUGAGGGUGCAAAAAAAUAAAUAUUCAGAAAAUCACCUUUAAAGUUGUCCAAAUGAAGUUCUUAGCAGUGCAUAUUACUAAUCAAAGAUUAAGUUUUGCUAUAUUUACGGUAGGAAAUGUACAAAAUAUCUUCAUAGAAAAUGAUCUUUACUUGAUAUCCUAAUGAUUUUUGGCAUAAAAGAAAAAUUGAUCAUUUUGACCCAUAUAAAUGACUAUUGUUACAGUAUACCCAUGCUACUUAAGACUGGUUUUGUGGUCCAGUGUCUCAUAUUUACAUAUUAAGAUAUAUAUGACACAUACUUAAAGUAAAAUCAUGUGGUUUAAUGGAGGGUGGUCUGUUAGAUGGUGGUUGUGUGUAAACAGCACUUUUGAAACUUAUGUUAGUGUUAUUUUAUCAAAUGAAAGAACUAUCUAUUCCGUUUCCUUCCUGUCACUCUUAAAGGGACAGUUCACCCAAAAAUGAAAGUUCUGUCAUCUUUUACUCGCCCUAAGUUGUUACAAACAGUUUCUUUCUUCUCUUGAACAUAGAAGAAUAUAUUUUGAAGAAUGUGGGUAGCCGAACAGUUGUUGGAAACUAAACAUCACCCCCUUUAUGCUUCUGACAACUCUUUCAGUAUUUAUUUAAAACUAUAUAGUAUUAUUAUAAACACAAUAAGGCUGUGAAAGCACUAGAUGAGACUAGAUGAGUUUUUCUGUUCAGCUUGAAAAUGUUUAAUGAGCAACUGCCUUUUUCAAGACACGUAAAAGGUUGAAAUAAUCAGAAGUAGACAAUUACUGAUUUUAUGUUGUUGAAUAAAACAUGAAAAUAUAUUGAGCUUGCGUUAAACACAGAUCUUAAUAAUAAAAAAAACUUUAGUGCAAAAAUGCAAACUCAUUCCUGCAGCGCUCUAUUGCCAAAAUAUUAUCAAUAUCAAAAUUGUAUAGCAAACUAGGUUGGAUAAGCAUUAAAUAAGUAACAUCAUAAUGGAAACUCAUCAAAUGAUCAGCUGUUCUUAAAGGAAUUAUGCAACCAGAAAUGAAAUGAACACUCAUUUUAUGGUGCUUUUUUACUCAUUUUCGCUUUUCAUUUUUUCACAGAAGAAGGGAAUAUAUGCAUUUAGAAAAGUGAAUUGAAAGGAAAUGUAUUUAUUUCAAGCUCUGGGAUAGUGAGUAACUUUUGCUUUUACUAUAUUGUGUGAAAUGCUUGCUUUUAUGUUUGUUUUAUAUUUUUUUUAUGAAAUAUUAGAUUUGCACUUUCAAUAAUUUCU